UUCCCCAAAGACAGAUGGAGCCCCCUGCCUUGGAUGACAUAUAUCUGUCUAUAUCAGGGCUUGCAUUUCUGACUGAGCAGAUCCUAAAUAUUUACAGAGGGGAGGAGGGGGGAAAUGAUCCUCGGCGGGUUUGACAAGCCUCUGGUCUGUUAAGCAUAGAUACGUACAUACACAGAAAUGUAUGCACUGUAUCGCCUUAUCCUGGAAGGGUCUGCCUGAGUCUGAAGACAUUGGAGAUUGUGCCUUGUUGCUGCAUGAAGCUGCCAGGGCACAGCGAAUGCACAGACUACUUUGCAUGGAGAUACAAGUGACUGGAGUCGGGCAAGCUAGAAGCUGUCAAAACCCUUCUGUUUGUCUGAAGCUUACAGCAGGAGGGGUUAGUAGAGGUGGUGGAGGGGAGUUGGUAGGGGGAAAAGUCCCAGACAAACUCUAUAUCAACAACAUGGCUUCCCCUGUGAACCAGCAGCUGCUGCAUCAUACCGAGGUUAGGUGUGAUGGCAGCGGGGACGGCAGUAGCGUGACCGUUAGAAUCAAUAGGCAGCACCACCAAGCGCCAUCCAGACGUUGCAAGUACAGUAUUUCAUCCAGCUGCAGUUCAGGAGAGUCUGGAGUUAAAAAGACUGGAGGCUCUGGGGGUGCCCGAAGGCAAAAAAAGCUCCCUCAGUUGUUUGAGAGGUCCACAUCAAACUGGUGGAACCCUAAAUUUGAUUCCAAUAACCUAGAGGAAGCCUGUGUGGAAAGGUGCUUCCCUCAGACCCAGCGCAGGUUCCGUUAUGCUCUCAUGUACCUCUCUGUAGCAGGGCUGCUGUGGAGCAUCUACUUUAGUGUCCACAUGAAGACCAAGCUUGUUAGUCACUUGGUACCUACCCUGUGCUUCCUUAUAGUGUGCCUAGGAUUCUUUUUCUUCACCUUUACAAAGUCUUAUGCCCGCCAUUGCACAGCAAUCUCCUUGCUUGUUACUCUGCUGGUUUUUGCGCUGACUUUGGCUUCUCAGUUCCAAGUGCUAAACCCUGGAUUAGGGAGUGACAGUCUCUCAAACCUUACAUCCUUUUCAGCAACAGGUUCAUCCUCUUGCCUCUCUCAGGUGGGCAGUUUCUCCAUAUGUGUGGAAGUCCUGCUUCUCCUCUACACAGUCAUGCACUUGCCUCUGUACCUCAGUGCCUGCCUUGGUGUUGCUUACUCAAUUCUGUUUGAAACAUUUGGAUAUCACUUUAGAGAUGAAAGCUGUUUUGUUCUGUUAGUGGGUAGGAUGGCCCACUGGGAGCUUCUCAGCAAGGCACUGUUGCAUGUUUGCAUUCAUGCUAUAGGUGUUCAUCUUUUCAUAAUGUCUGAGGUCCGAUCUCGUAGCACCUUCUUAAAAGUUGGCCAGUCCAUUAUGCAUGGCAAGGACUUGGAAGUGGAGAAAGCACUUAAAGAGAGAAUGAUUCAUUCAGUUAUGCCAAGAAUCAUUGCAGAUGACUUAAUGAAACAGGGAGAUGAUGAAAGUGAAAACUCUGUGAAGCGCCACUCAGCCUCCAGCCCUAAAAGCCGCAAAAAGAAGUCCUCUAUUCAGAAAACACCUAUAAUCUUUAGACCUUUCAAGAUGCAGAGGAUUGAGCAGGUGAGCAUUCUUUUUGCAGACAUUGUUGGAUUUACCAAGAUGAGUGCUAACAAGUCAGCUCAUGCCUUAGUAGGACUCCUCAAUGACCUUUUUGGUCGCUUUGACCGCCUGUGCGAGGAGACAAAAUGUGAAAAAAUUAGCACUCUUGGCGAUUGCUAUUAUUGUGUGGCAGGGUGCCCUGAGCCAAGACCAGACCAUGCUUAUUGCUGCAUUGAGAUGGGGCUUGGUAUGAUCGAGGCAAUUGACCAAUUUUGCCAGGAAAAGAAGGAGAUGGUUAACAUGCGUGUUGGUGUACACACUGGUACGGUUCUUUGUGGUAUCCUUGGAAUGAGAAGGUUCAAGUUCGAUGUAUGGUCAAAUGAUGUCAACCUGGCUAACCUGAUGGAACAGCUUGGAGUUGCUGGCAAAGUGCAUAUUUCUGAGAAAACUGCUAGAUACCUGGAUGAUCGCUACUUAAUGGAGGACAGUAUGGUGGUCGAACGUUUAGGACAGAUUGUGGCAGCUGAUCAGCUAAAAGGAUUAAAGACAUUCCUGAUCUCCGGGCGCAGAACUCGUGUGCCCAGCUGCAGCUGCUCCCAGACCCUGAUUCCGGUGCAAGAGGGGACCGACCUCAGCAGCCCUUCCUUAGCCCCCCACGUCCAAGCGGCAAUCAGCGAGACCAGCGACAGUCACACUAACUGCACUCAGCCAGAGACACUCAAGAGCUGUCCUUCCUGUGGAGAAACCGCCGCCCGAGAUGGCCCUGAAGAAGGCGUGUCUGCUGCCAAUGGGGGUGGUGAAGAAUGGAAAGGAGGAGCCCCGCGGCCUUCUGCCAUUGCGUCACUUAAAGACCCAGAACGGUCUCCUGAGUCCUCCACCGGAGACACUCUUACCAACAGCCAGGCUUCACUCUAUGAUAUGCUCCAAGAGAAGGGUCGCUGGUGUGGCGUCAGUAUGGACCAGUCGGCUCUGCUUCCUCUCCGCUUUAAGAACAUCCGAGAGAAGACCGACGCACACUUUGUGGAAGUUAUCAAGGAAGACAGCCUGAUGAAAGAUUACUUCUUCAAGCCGCCUAUAAAUCCACUCAGCCUGAAUUUUCUGGACAAGGAGCUGGAGACGUCAUACCGAGCCAGCUAUCAGGAGGAGGUUAUGCGGAUGGCUCCAGUGAAGACCUUUGCCAGUGCCACAUUCAGCUCCUUGCAGGACGUCCUCCUUUCCUACUUCAUCUUUGUACUUCUCUCUGUGGCUUGUUUCCUGAAGCCGGGCACAAAUCCUGUGUCUCCUCCAACUCUGGCACUGGUGCUACUGUCUGUCUGUGGCCUCUUGGGCUUCCUCUCACUGCUGGUUUCUGUCAGGAUGGCAUUUUACCUUGAGGACAUGCUGCUGUGUACCAGACGUCUCCUGGAGAUCAUCUCCGGUUGGGUCCCUCGGCAUUUCAUUGGCACUGUCCUCGUGUGUCUCCCAGCAGCUGUCAUCUUCUCGUACCUCUCUUCUGACUUCUACACCGACAUACACUACACAAUGUUCCUGUGUUCAGCCCUUCUCAUCCCGAUGGUUCAGUACUGUAACUUCUGCCAACUCAGCUCCUCUGCGCUCCUACUUGCCACCAUAGCAGGCGCCACCAUGCUCAUCCUCAUCUACCUGCCCUUGUGCCCACAAAGGCCUCCGCUGGAUCCUGGGACAGACAUUGAAGCAAAUUUAAGCACAUCCAAUUCAUCCUAUGAGACUCUGGACAACCCCAGAACUGAGCUCCCAUUCACUCGCCUCGGUCAAGAAAUAGCUGUAGCCUACUUUCUCCUCCUCCUCCUGGUGUGGUUCCUGAACCGUGAGUUUGAUGUCAGCUAUCGACUACAUUAUCAUGGAGAUGUCGAGGCCGAUCUCCAUCGCACCAAAAUCCAGAGCAUGAGAGACCAAGCGGACUGGCUCCUGCGAAACAUAAUCCCUUACCAUGUGGCCGAGCAACUGAAGGUCUCACAGAGCUACUCCAAGAACCAUGAUGAUGCAGGUGUCAUCUUUGCCAGCAUAGUCAACUUCAGUGAGUUCUAUGAGGAAAACUACGAGGGAGGAAAGGAAUGCUACCGCGUCCUUAAUGAACUUAUUGGGGACUUCGAUGAGCUCCUUAGCAAACCGCAUUACUCCUGUAUUGAGAAAAUUAAAACUAUUGGAGCUACAUACAUGGCUGCUUCAGGACUUAACCCGUCCCAAUGUCAAGACAGCAGCCAACCGCACCGCCACCUGCAGACCCUCUUUGAGUUUGCCAAGGAAAUGAUGAGUGUGGUGGACGACUUUAACAACAAUAUGCUGUGGUUUAACUUCAAGUUACGCAUUGGCUUCAACCACGGGCCACUGACGGCUGGUGUGAUUGGGACCACCAAACUUCUGUAUGAUAUCUGGGGGGACACAGUGAACAUUGCCAGCAGAAUGGACACGACAGGCGUGGAGUGCCGUAUCCAGGCUAGUGAGGAAAGCUACAGAGUGCUGGUCAAAAUGGGUUACGAUUUUGAUUAUAGGGGGACGGUCAACGUCAAGGGGAAAGGACAGAUGAAGACCUACCUAUUCCCCAAGUGUACAGACAAUGGUGGUCUUGUCCCGCACCACCAGCUGUGCAUCUCUCCUGACAUCCGUGUUCAGGUAGAUGGAAGCAUUGGCCGCUCUCCCACUGAUGAAAUAAGUAGCUUGGUGACAGGAGGAAAAGGGGCAGUAGAAUUGGGAAGUGGAGAAGCUGGACGCAAAAGAGAAAAGGCAGAAGAGAGGGGCCGUGAUGGCGGAGCACGGUGAGGCAG